UUUGCAAAUUUUAAACAAGUUCUUGCCACACUGCUAAUCCAACGAUUCAUAUGAAAUGUUUCGUCUGUCGACAAUCGAUGAGUCAAGCAACUAGAGUGGUACUACACCCUACCUAUUUGGGAAUACGGCAUGCCUUUCCGUAUUGUAUGCCGUCAGACGGCUGUUCGCCCAUAGGAUUUGUCCCCAAUUUGUGGGUAUUUUGUCACGAGCCGUGCCAUUUUUCCGUUUGUAGUAAUAUGCAUAAGGUCUGCGAAGUCUGUGGUUUUAGUCUUGAUGAAGUACCCGAUCUUAUAAGAUGGCAAACGACUGGUGAGAGGAUCAAAGGCUUUCAUUUGGGAGAGAACACAAUGUUCGCGCGUGAUGCCAGGAUGUAUGAUCGUCCCAAAAUCCUGGGCUUGGAUCCAUUUACCGUAUCCGAAUCGGUUAAACGCUAGCCGAAACGGGAUUAAUUCGUUCAAUGGAUACGCAGAAUACAUAUAUAUAUAUAUAUAUAUAUAGACACACACACACAUGCACGCACACACACACACGCGCGCACAUAUACAUAUAUGUCUAUGAAAUAUGAAAAUGAAAUUUUCUUUUAAUCCUAAUUUUGAACAUAAUUCUCUAAAUAUAUAUAAUUUAAUAUAUACUCUUGUUAUUUGAAA